ACUUAGCUUAGCUUGCUCGCCGCUAACAGAGAGACAAGGCGGAAGUAGGCCACACAUCGCUCAGCGGACACGCGUCUAAUGGUCGUGAUUGUGCCAAAAUGCGUACAGUCCAAAUGCUGAGAGCCUUUGUGAAUCAGCGACUAAAUGCGGCGGUUGAAGAAAUAUUUGUGGUGUUCGAAAGAACGAUAGCGGACUACGAGGAAGAGAAGCAGCGACAACGUCGACUACUGGACGCUGUCUUCAAGCGGCAUCGACUUGUGUUACACAAAACAGACAUCUGUGGGGAAUAUUCUCUCCCUGAGCAGCAGGAGUGGGCCUUUACGGAGGCGUCACUACUACCCCAGAUUGAAGAGGAGGAGCCUUACUCGACACAUUUUAAAGAGAAGGACCCACAGUCCCCUCUGUUUAGAGGAAACAAGGCACCACAGUCCCCCCAAAUUAAAAGAGAAGAGGAACAGCCCCCCCAAUAUAUAGAGGAAGAGAAGCAACAGCAUUCUAACUUUAAAACAGAAGAAGAGGAGCCACAGUCAACCCAAAUUAAAGCGGAAGAGUCACAGUCCCCUGACAUUGAGGAAGUUGAAGCCCCAGAGUCCCUCCAAAUUAAAGAGGAAGAUGAGGAGCCACAGCAAAUUGAGGAAGAGCAACAGCUCCCUCACUUUAAAACAGAAGAAGAGGAGCCACAGUCAACCCAACUUAAAAUGGCUGAGUCACAAUCCCCUCAAAUUGAGGAAGAUGGGGUGCCACAGUCCUCUGCAUUAAAAAGGAAGAGAAUGAGCCACUGCACCAGCAUAUUGAAGAGGAAGAGGAGGAGCCACAAAAGUGAAAGUGAGGAGAAGAGAGAGGCGGAGCCUCCAAGCAGCAGCUCAACUCAACACAUGACAACAGAAACUGAUGGAGACCACUGUGGAGGAUCACAAGCAGACAAGAUUUUAGCUCCACUAUCAGAUAGUGACGACACAACGUCUCACUCUCCUGACACUGAUGAUGAAGACUCUAAAGAUGAUAAGACAUCUCACACUGACAACACACGCUUGACAUGUUCUCACUGUGACAAAACGUUUAAUUACCGUAGUAAUCUGAAAGUACACAUGAGAACACAUACUGGAGAAAAACCCUUUUCCUGUACGAUCUGUGGUAAAGGUUUUGCACGAAAUGAUAAUCUGAAAAUGCAUACAAGAAUGCACUCUGGAGAAAAAUCAUUUUCCUGUUCAGUCUGUGGUAAAGGUUUUGCACAAAAUAUUCAUCUGAAAAUACAUACAAGAAUGCACACUGGAGAAAAACCCUUUUCCUGCUCUUUCUGUGGUAAAGGUUUUGCACAUAAUAGUAAUCUGAAAAGACACACAAUAAUGCACACUGGAGAAACCCCCUUUUCAUGUUCAGUCUGUGGUAAAGGUUUUGCACGAAAUUGUGGUCUGAAAAUGCAUACCAGAAUGCACACUGGAGAAAACCCUUUUCCUGUUCAGUCUGGGGUAAAGACUUUACAUGAAAUGGUGAUCUGAAAAAACAUGCAGGGAUGCAGACGGUAGAAAAAUAAAUCCUAUUCUUGUCUUGCCUGUAGUAAAGAUUUUGCACAACAAAGUCAUCUGAAAAUAAACACAAAAAUUCACACUGGAGAAUUUUUUUUUCCUGUCCAGUCUGUAGUAAAGGUUUUAUACAAAGUAAGAGUCUUAAAGUACACUGGAGACUGGAGUUUUCAUAGACAAACUUAACUAACUUUGAAAAGACACAUGAACACACACACACACACACACACACACACACACUCAAGAGAAACCAUUUAGUUGCAAUGUGUGUGUGAGAUGAAAGAUUCUCCAAUAAGUACCAGUUUAAGACACACACGUGUGUGGGUGAGAACCCCAGCAGCAAAUGAAGACGCAGGAUGUUUUGUCAUUGUUCUGUGUGUUACAAGCUUGACAAAUUGCUUCUAACUUUUAUGUUCCAACACAUUUAGAAUAGAAUAGAAUAGAAAGUACUUUAUAGAUCCCUGGGGGAAAUUCGGCACCACAGUUUACUCACAAUAGACAAUAAUGAUACAAAAUAAUAUAUAACAUAUAUGGGCGGUAUAGCUCGGUUGGUAGAGUGGCUGUGCCAGCAACUUGGGGGUUGCAGGUUCGAUUCCCACUUCCGCCAUCCUAGUCACUGCCGUUGUGUCCUUGGGCAAGACACUUUACCCACCUGCUCCCAGUGCCACCCACACUGGUUUAAAUGUAACUUAGAUAUUGGAUUUCACUAUGUAAAGUGCUUUGAGUCACUAGAGAAAAGCGCUAUAUAAAUAUAAUUCACUUCACAGUAUAUAUAUGAAUGAUAUAAAUAUAUUGUACAUAUACUCUACAUUUAAGUGCAGUCAAGGAACAUAUGCAUUAUACAGUCUGAUAGCUGUCGGUAUGAAGGACCUCCUGUGUCGUUCCGUGUUACAAUUUGGCAGUCUGAGCCUUCCACUGAACUUGCUCAUUCCCUCCGCAAGGUUCGAGUGUAGUGGGUGGGAGGUGUCCAUAAUGGUUAGGAGUUUUGCUAGACUUCUCCUCUCUGACACCACCGCCAGAGAGUCCAGCUCCACUCCCACCACAUUACUGGCCUUCUCUACCAGCUUGUCCAGUCUGUUUGUGUCCUUCACUCUCAGCCCACUGCCCCAGCAAGCCACGGCGUACAAGAAGGCGCCCGCCACCACCGACUCGUAGAACAUCUUCAACAUCUUUGUACAGACUUUGAAGGAUCCUAGCCUCCUGAAGAAGUAGAGGCGGCUCUGUCCCUUCUUGUAGAGGGCCUCAGCGUGUUUUGACCCAUUCAGCUUGUUGUCCAUGUGUACUCUGAGGUAUUUAUAAUCCUCAACCAAGUCCACAUCCACCCCCUUGAUAGAAAUAGGGGUCGCUGAAGUACUCCUCCUUCCCAGGUCCACAACCAGCUCCUUGGUCUUCGUCACAUUGAGCUGAAUGUGGUUCUUUCCACACCAUGUGACAAAGUCCUCCACCCGUGCCCUGUAUUCCUCAUCAUCACCAUCCUCAAUACACCCCACUAUCGCAGAGUCAUCAGAAAACUUCUGAAGGUGGCAGGACUCUGACUGAUAGUGGAAAUUGGUGGUGUAAAUGGUGAAGAGGAAGGGGGAGAAGGCUGUGCCCUGCGGGGCCCCGGUGUUGCUGACUAGCCUGUCAGACACACAGUCCUGCAGUCGAACUUACUGUGGUCUGUCAGUCAGGUAAUCUACAAUCCAGGACACCAAGGGGGCCUCCGCUUGCAUCUUCUCCAACUUCACACCAAGUAGCCCAGGCCGCAUGGUAUCGAAAGCACUGGAGAAGUAAAAAAACAUGACCCUCACACUGCUCGCAGGCUUGUCCAGGUGGUUUUGGGCUCGGUUCAGCAGGUAGAUGACUGCAUCCUCCACUCCCAGUCGUGGCCGGAUAGGCAAAAUUGGAGUGGGUCCAGGUGGGGCUUGACUGUAGGGCGGAGUUAUUCCAGGACCAACCUAUCCAUGGUCUUCAUGAUAUGGGAGGUUAGAGCCACCGGCCUGAAGUCCUUCGACGUGCUGGGUCGUGUGCACUUGGGGAUGGGGACCACGCAUGAGGUUUUCCACAGUGUGGGGACUUUCUGCAGCCUAAGGCUCAUGUUGAAGAUGUGCUGGAGCACACCACACAGCUGUGGGGCGCAUGCUUUGAGCACCUUGGGGUCACAGCGUAGUUUAUUUGCUGUGCAUUCACCUGUUCUGCAGACAGACACACUGAGGGGGUCUCAGGUGGUUGGGGGAAGGUGGGGUCAUCAUUCUGAGGGUGAGGUGUUAAGUGGGGGGAGGUAGUCAUUGGAGUUGGGGUGCAGUGAGGAAGGGAGGGGAGUGGAUUGGAUCGCUGAAGUUGUCAGGGGGCCGGCUGGCAUGUUUAGGGGGGCGGGGGCUUGCCAGAGCCAUUCUGUCAAACCUGUUAAAGAACUGGUUUAGCUUAUUGGCCCUCGCUUUGUCUCCGUCCACCCCCAUAACCCCUGCCGGUUUGAGGCCGGUGAUGGUCUGCAUACCUUUCCAAACCGCCUUCAUGCUGUUGUCCUUCAGCUUCCCUUCCAGCUUCCUCCUGUAGUUCUCCUUGGCCUCCUUUUUUUUGGUCUUGCAUGCUAAGAGUAUUGUUGAACUGUUAGUGAUCUAUAGCGUUCAUUUUUGUUUGGUAAAUGACAAACCAUGACAGAUUAUAAUCACACUUCAACAUCUCUAACAUGUAAAUGCUUCCUCUUUCCUAGAGCAGCAUUGUAAAUGUAAAUAUGUUCUUAAUUGUUUUAUCCUGGAUAGAUAAAUGUUAAAUAAAUACAUGUAAUCCAGGAAGUAAAUGUUUUUAUACUACAUUACCCAGAAAGGUUAGUGCUAUAGACAGGAACCGGAAGUAGGUUUGAUUUAUGUUGGAGGACAUUUGUGCUGUUUGAUCAAUAAAGAGUUGAUAUAUUGUGACAUGUUGUUCCUGCUUUAUCUACACAAUAAAUACAUUUGGAUAGGACAGCUGCUUGAGCAUCGCUCUGAGACAAAUUUGAUUGGCCAAGAUGUGGGAGAAGUAGCAAGGUCACGCUCAUUGGCGAAUCUCACUUCUAAUUACAUCCUGAAAGAACUUUAGAUAAAACUAAAUAUUAUAUUGUAGCGGUUGCUUUAAGGACAUAAUUCACCACAAGUGUUUACUUGUCAUUAUUCACUGUCAUUGUUAUAUUUUGCACAUAACAAUGUUGUUCUUGUUAACAUUCAUAUAUGCAGUUAAGAGUGAGUAAUUCGGUGCUGCCCCUUUAAGGGACCGUCAAAAUAUUUACACAAAGGUAGGGGUUUGUUGUGACCGCCAUUAUGAGUCGCUUGAUGUAAAGGGUUUAUUCUGCUUUUUGUUUGAAUAAAACGGUGCACAAAUAUA